AGAGAACAAAUACAAUGGCGACUUCAUUAGCAAGACAGCUUGCGGCACUGCGGACGCCUGCCAGUGCUCCAGUCAUUCAGGAUACUGCUUACUGUGGGCCAUUCCUUUUUACUGAAGCAAACCAGGACAAUUGUGAUUUUGCGAGUCUUCAACUUAACGCUGGUGAAUCCCUGUCUAAGCUGUGUGAGAUAGACGUAGUGUUCGCGAGGUUCACCAGGUUUCUCAUAGAGGACAGACUUGAUGAGAGACUUGAUUCUGAGGUUAUAGAAGAGCUGUUGUUCCUUCUGUCACCAUAUGUCCUACUCCGACCUGCUCAGUGGGUUCUUCAACUGCUUAUCACGAAGCAUAAAGUCCACUACAAGUAUCCUGAGAUUUUCUUCUUCUCUCUGCUUCCUUAUUAUGACUAUGAUAUCUACUCUCAAGGAGUUGCUGCUAUUGAAACAGUCCCAGGAGGUGCAAGCUAUCCCAACUGGUUUCCCAAGUUCAAGCAAUCCUGCUUCCCAACCACCAAACUCAGUUUAUACAGGCAUAUAGCGGCAGACAGAGGUUUCCUAAAACUUCUAAGUGACUUAAUGCUUAGACUGAGUAAACAUGUUGUGGCUUAUCCAAGUCUGAAAGUGAAACGACAGUCCAGUUUGUAUGUCAUGGCUAUACUGGGAGCUCUGGAGAAUAGAAGGGAUUUGGGAGAGGAGCAAGCCAUGUACAUCUUGCAGGUCAUCCUCAACAGCUUGAAAAGCAACAACAACGAUAUCGUCUCGAUGGGCCAAAUAAUUCUUUCAUACAUUCUGCCUAGGGUUACAUUUAAGGAGAAAACUAUGACAAAGAUUUCUAAAUCCUUUAAGAAUUGCAUCAAAAAAUCUGCAAGUGUAGAGAACCUAAUGCUGAUGGUGUUGAUGGUGAGAACCCAGGAGAAUUUGAACACCGAGAAGACGGUAAAGUUGAUGAUAUCACUAGAGCCAGCGCUUAAUACAUGUGUCAACAUGUUAGGAGAAGACGAAAGUGUUGAGGGUAUUAUUGAUAACAUUAUUUACACCUUGGCUCUGCUUCUGAAAAAAACUCUCCCUGAGGAAGACGAGCUUUAUCCUUCCUCUACUCACGAAACCGUUAAGAUCCUGUCAAUAGUAAGUGGGAGUGCCAAAAAGGCUCCUCUGUCUUCGGAAUCUGCUAUGUUUAUCGGAGAGAUUGCUUACAAGCUUUUGAGAGCUAUAAACCGGACCCCUGUCGAAGAUAUAAUCGAUAAACCUCUGGUCGAGCAAGUUAAAUUUUCCUGCGAGAAAAUAAUGAAAAUCAUUCAUGAAUCAUAUUCUGCAGAAUAUCAGAGGAUUGAAAUGGACACGGAUAACGUUGAUAUGUUUUUCAUGGGUGGAGACACUCUGGAAAAUAGACCUGCAGAAGGUUUGGUCUCUGCUAAGAAAGCAAUUAUGAACAAUAAGUUGAUCGGUCACUUCAUGGAAAACCUGCUAAACUUCAGGCCUGGGUCAGCAGAUCGUGGUGUUGCUAAACUUGUGAGAAAGAACAGAGUUGACAUCUCAGCAGUACUGAAAGUUGAAACUGGGUUUCUUGUUGAGCAAAUAGAGAAAGAAGGGUUCGAGAAUCUUUUGCUAAAUCUUCUUGUCACUCUUCCCUCCUUCCCUAUGAAAGAUAAGGCUCCAGUUGUCAAACAUCUCUGUGCUGAAGUCGGAUUUAAAAAUAUAUCCAACAAGAUCAGAUUGGAGCUAAUCCUCAUUUCAUUCUUUCUCAAGGAGAUGAAAAUUAUCCAAAAUGUGAUCCGAGGCAGUUACUUUUCCAGGGAGUCACCGCUUUUAUCCUCAGUUUGUGCUCUCAGUGAUGAUAACCCGGAUAUGAUUGAAUCUGUUGUGGAGAAAGUUCAGAUUUUCUUGUCAAAUGAAGUUCUCACAGUUUUCCUUCAAGAUGCUCUUCUCGGCAAUUUUCUAGAGAUCAAGGUUCUACUGUUGUUGGGACUUAGAGCUAGGCUAGAUUACGAAGAUUCUCUGAAUCUAGACAAAGAAAUACUGGUCAAGUUUAUGCUCAAGAUUUUGAAAGAAACCAAGAAGACGGAGAAGGAUGUGUUUGAAGCUGGAAAUUUUAAAGAGAAUGGUAAGGAGUCCAAGGAAACGCAGAAUCUUCUCUCUUCAGCUCUCAAUAACGGAAGAAUUUCGGAUGAACUUAUUCUCCGUGUUCUUCAUAAAAUGAAUUUUAUGUCCGAUAUCUCCACCGCCCAGCAGUUCAUGGAAACUCUACCGGUAAUGAUAGAAAAUGGAUUUAAAGAACUCGCUUGCUCUAUCGAAGGUUUAAUUAAAACUUCCAUACCUGAUGAGUUUGAGUUACUCAAGCUCUAUCUCCAGGUUGUCAAGAACUCGAGGAUGGAGAAAUGCAAAUACCUGUGUUUACAAAGGAUUGGAAAACUUCUGGAAGAGAAUAAUUACCUCGCAUUGAUGUUGCAAGAACAGCCUGAGAAUUGUCUUCCUCCUCUUCUCCUUACUCAAAUUUUCAGCUGCAACGAUAGUAUAAAGAAGAUUGCUUUCAGUCUUCUGAAACUGUUAAUGAAAGUCACUGAUGAAACUAAAUUAAAACCGAUAAUAUCAUUCCUUUGUGCUCAUAAGACCGAAAUCUUGAGCCAGGAAGGAAAUAUUGCACUGCUCUUGAAGAAAUCUGAAGUUGAAGAGAGUUCCCUGAUUGUUCUUCUAGAACAGGCAAUUCUUGCACCAGGGAAUUGCGUGGAGGGUCUGAUAGACUUGUUCACUCCUCUGAAGUCCAAGAAUUCUGUUUGUCGGAUUGCACAAUUUGGUUCAGAUUUGCUUAGCAAAGGAUCCUGUUCGUCAACAGUGAAACUUAUAAUUGAAAGAUUCGUGAAAAGAAUUAUCAAAUAUAUCUCGGAGAAACCGUGUCUUCAAUUCUUUCUUGAAGGAACUCAAAGUACCCAGAGUAUAGAAGUUGCAGGUCUACAAACUAGAUUAUCCACUCUACUUCUAGAGAAAUCUACGUCUGCCAAGCUUUGGCAGGAUACUAACGCCGAAACAUUGGAAGGCAUGCUGAAACAGUUUAUUGCCUUGUCCAUGGAAACUCAAACCUUCCAGCUGAUUCAACUGCUAACUAAUUUGAAGCUUACGGUUUCCAUGUUUCUAACACAACUAAAAAACAUUUGGAACCAUCAGGACCUCGCUAAGAUUAAAGUUAACGAAGAAACAGGAGAGAGUGGUGUUUGGAGUCAGACCCUGUUCCUUUUUGAGGUAUUGGAAAGUUUCUUGCCAAAGGAGCAGUUUGGAGAACAGAAAUGGGAACUCAUGAUACAGCCCUUGUUCGCCUUACUCAGGAAGAGCACCGAAGGCGAGGUUAUUGAGUCCUCUUAUAAACUCAACUUGAAUUUGUCAAUCCUCUUGAAAGUGUUUAACCUUACACCUGACCUUAGGCUUAAACAACUCAGCAGCAAGGAUCUCGAGCCUGAGUUGUUAACCAACUGUAUCAGAAAAAGUUCAAACCCAGAGACAAGACAGCUAGCACUUCGUGUGCUGGCCAGGUGUGCGAUGACCAGCCCUGAAUUUGUUCUGCAAAACAGUAUGACUAUAUUCACUUUCAUGGGAUCUCAUCUUCUCAGGAUGGACUCUAAGCACAGCUACAAGAUUGCUUGCGAGGCAAUAGACGUAAUUGUACCUGCAAUACAGUCUGCCUGUUCUACUCAGAUUCAGAGGCAGAAAACCUCCCUAGAUAUCCUGAACAGUUUUAUCAAUGCUGAGGAAGAUGUGCCGGAACACAGAUAUACAGAGUUUAUUUAUAGACUCGUCAGAGCAUUAGGUAUUGAUGCUUACCUGUGGAUAUCUAUGGUUCUGAGUGUUAAAACAAGAGCAAAAUCUAAGAACAGGAGUUAUCAAACUGAACUUACUCACAGACGACAGACAGAUUUGCUGGGACGUGUUACAGUAUCUGAAGGGCUAGGAUCACUCCUAAGGAUUAUGGUGAACAUGCGCACUGAUGCACCACAGCUUCGUCAAAUGUUUGGUGUCGCGAUCGAUCGCAAAGAAAUAGGAAAUGAUGAUUGGGAUGUACUACGACUAAGUGCUCUUCUUCUUCUUACCCAUGUGUUCUCCACUGGAACUUUUAUUUCUAAAAUUGGAAAAGAACUUUUGGGAGAGGAGAAGGAGAAAAUACAGGAGUUACUUCAUUUAAUUAUGGAAUCGUCUAUUCUCUCCCUAGAGAGCUACGAAAGUUUCCCCUCGACUGUUCCAAACAAGUUGAAAACUAGCAUAACAUCACAGGCUGAACGAGUUCUCGAGCUUAUACUAGCACUUGUUCCAUUCCAGCUUUAUUUAAAAAUUGUCGGCCAACUUUUAGACAGUCAGAAUUCUGUUAUUAGGAAGCGAGCAAUGGAAGUUAUAAAGACAAAGAUGGAAGAAGCUGAAUCAACUUCUGGUGUUUCAACCCUCCUUGCUCCCCUCGUUAAACUCGCUGUAAAAGAGGAUAAACCACAAAAUCAACAGAUUGCACUGCUCGGGAUCCGACAAAUCUGUAAACAAGUUGAGGACACUAGUCUACUCAGGGUACCGUUGGAGCACCUUAAUCCAUCCUUUCUCACCUCCAUCAAAAAUCCAUCAGUACUAGGAGCUGCUGUUCUAGCUCUUUCUGAUAUAAUAUCUGUAGCAGGGAUUGUAGGUGUUCCCUUUGUAACUGGUAUUACUAGUUGGUUGCUCAAUUCACUAGAGACUUUGAACGAAUCCUCAGAAGAAGAAAAGGACAUCCGUAUAGUUUACUCCAGUCUGUUGGUUGGACUGCAAAAGGUUUUGGAAAACUUUGGUGGAUUCAUUAAUCCAUUCCUUGACAGAGUUAUAAUGCUGACCUGCAAGCUGAUCAACCAUCCCUUAGCUGGUCCUAGAGCUUCAGUUCUAAUGACGAGUAUUGGAGAGAAUAUAUCUCCACAUAUCCUGCUCUCCAGAGCUAAAAUUCUUCUAGAAAAGCUUUGGAACGAACCUGAACCUGUGGCGAACCUUGCAGGACUUAUUGCCUGCAACUCGAAGAAGCUUGAAAGAGGUCAGCUCAGUUCAGUCUCAAAACAGUUCAUGGAGUUCUUUACGGUAGCUCUGACUUAUAGAACAAAGCAGAAACCCUCAGAACAGACAGAGAAAACAGAAGCAGAGAUAAUAUCCUCUUUCCUGACAGUCACUCUUCGACUCUGUCUAGAGGACUUUAAACCAGUUUUCCAGCAGUUUAUAAACAAACAAAAACUUGGAGACGAUGCAACUCUGAUAACGAUGUUUAAUUUGAUCGAACGGGUGGGAGCAAGGCUGAAGAACUUGUUUGGUUUUGGAGUGGAGUUUGUUCUCACCGAGGGAACUUCAAUAAUUCGCUCUCAAAAUAGAUCCACUAAUGUGGUUGCUGCUGUACUCGGGUGUAUUACUACGGUAUUGUCGUAUAAUCGGGUCAGUUGCCUUUCUCAGACUCAGUUUGAAGAGCUAGUUGCUGCUCUAAUAUCUGUGUAUCAGGAAGAUGAUGACUUGCAUCAGAAAUUAGAGGAAUCCAUUGUCGUCCUUUCAGCCGCGACUGAUGAUGAUACGAACUGGAAACAUCUGAACUUCACAGUACUUAUGUCUCUCAGAGAUCCGGAGGCCUCUGUUAGAAUGAAGAUAAUUCAACUGAUUAGGAGAUUCGUUACUUCCAGGUCGGACACCUACCUUGUGGUUCUACCGGAUGCGGUGCCCUUCCUCUCCGAGAUAUUAGAAGAUGAUGAUCAGGAUGUCGAGAACUGUUGCAAGGAGUUGAUUCAGCACAUGGAAACCACAUUCGGACAAAAUAUUGAAACAUAUUUCAUGUAACAAAUUUAAAUUUCGGCUUCAAACAUUUUUUUCAGA